AUGUGCCUCAAUAAAGAACAGCCUAAACUGCUUUCAUCAUAUAACAAAUCGACGGGUCUCAUUGUCCAUACGCUUAGGCGGCUUCGCCAUAACUCCGCUUCAUCCAAAUUCGCAAUCUAUCAUGAGAAGCUCAAACCUCUAAAAUUAAACACAGAAGCUCCAGACAAUUCGUUUCCAAUUGCCCAUCCAAAGCCUUGCUAUGUGCUCCAUGUCAAUGUUAUAAACGAUCGAUUGGACAGGGCUCUAAUGAACGAUGCAAGAGCAAAUGAGUCAGAGUUUGCUCAACAGGAGUUAAAGAAUCAACUUCGAGAUGCCCACAACUCCGCUAACGAACUGGCCAAUCGAGUAGAAGUCCUCUUGGCUGAAAAAGAAGCUCUCAAACGAGAUGCAAAUAUAUGGAAUGGCGAGAAGUCUGACCUUUUGGCAUCUCGUGGUCUUCUUGAACAACGAAUUGCAUCUUUGGAGAGGCAACUUGAAGAAAUUAGAGGCAAACUCCACCUUGAGUGUGAGGAAGCAAGGGCAGCCAAAAUGGAAGGUCAGCAACUUCUGCUUGAGAGGAAUUCCCAAACCGUCCAGUUUAAUGCUCUUGUAGGCAAACUCCACCUUGAGUGUGAGGAAGCAAGGGCAGCCAAAAUGGAAGGUCAGCAACUUCUGCUUGAGAGGAAUUCCCAAACCGUCCAGUUUAAUGCUCUUGUAGAAUCAUUGGCAGCAACUUUAAGUACUAUUGACUCCCCUUGUGAUGCCUCAGAAGCUGCUGUCAAGGAAACCGUUGGAAAGAUGAUGGCGGAGCUACUGAGAUUAAGAAAGGCUGGAAUUGACCUUGAAAGGAAGACUGAACAACUUUUAAAGCAGUUUGAGUCCCAGUUUGCAAAUGGUCAAUCGCUUUGUGAGGAAUUGGAUGCUUUGAGACGAGAACUGGACGAUGAAAGGAGGGUCAAGGAGCGCAUUCAGUGUGAACUUGAAGGAUUUCGACUGAUUAACAGCCAAAGACAACUCACACCACAGGGAUGCAUUUCACCAGAAUGUAUUCAAGGCUCGGAGUCGAUCAAAGUCAGUUCCCUGGUGAAGAAAGCAGAGCAUAAUCACAAGCAGGCAAAGUGCGGCUUUAGAAAUGGUACAGACAACUGUUCCAGUUGUUCCCACCUUCUCACCACUCCACUCGACUUGGCCAGCCGAGCACCAGAUUGGACCGACCUUGAAGAGAAGAGAGUGCAGCUCCUCUGCGCCAAUUGUCUCUCCUGUCUCGCAAUGGCCUUGAAACAACGACUGCGCGCGAUAUUAAACAGCGAUGUACUCAAUGAAAAACGUGAGAAGAAUUUACUUGAAGAGUUAGAUAAGUCAAAAAAGGAAGUUGAGGAGCUUCAUGAAAAAAUCCUGACGAUUGAAAAUGAAAAGUCCGACGAAUAUGAAAAGCUGGAGCAAAUGGUUUCAAAGCUGGAGGCUCUACGGCAGCACCAAGCAAAACGAAUCGCAGGGCUUCAAUCAAAAUCUCAACGACAAAGCACCCUGGAGGUUCAGAAGGCUCAAGAAUUAAGCGCCGCGAAGAGCUUUCUCGUUGAAAAUCGCCAGAAACAUUUAAGAUUGCUGAACUUCCGAAAUACCCUUGGAAGGCUUCUUGGAAUUGAUGCAUGGUUGUAUCCAAAUUCUGAGGGCUUGAUUAUUCAGCGCAUUCAGCAGAUACUUAUGAACUUUUCAACCCAAGGCAUAAGUCUUUAUUCACAUCCAGCUACAAUCUCCUACCCAGCAAUUCCGUCUAGUUCUCCUGCCAUUCAAUUGCCGGCACUUACUUACUCUAAAGACAGAACUGUUGAUUCACCUGCACCAUUAUCCAAUACUACAACAGUAAAUUUCGCAAAACGAAAUCCAACCGGACCCAGCCAGUUUACGCCCAAAACAGCAUCCAGACGUUCACAGUCUGCAAGCGGCAAAAAUGUCAGGAGAUACUAA